AUGGAACCGGGAGACACGAUCAUCGACGGCGGUAACGAGUGGUACGAGAACACCGAGCGACGAAUCGUCGAAGCGGAAAAUAGAGGAUUGCUUUAUCUCGGAAUGGGAGUCUCCGGCGGCGAAGAAGGGGCGCGAAAUGGGCCGUCAUUGAUGCCAGGUGGGUCUUACGAAGCUUAUAAUAACAUUAAAGAUAUCGUUGAAAAAGUUGCUGCUCAGGUUGAAGAUGGACCUUGUGUUACAUACAUUGGAGAAGGCGGGUCUGGUAACUUCGUUAAAAUGGUUCAUAAUGGAAUCGAAUAUGGUGAUAUGCAGUUGAUUUCUGAAGCUUAUGAUGUUUUGAAAAACGUUGGUGGGUUAAGCAACACCGAAUUAGCUGAAAUCUUUGACGAAUGGAACAGAGGCGAAUUAGAAAGCUUCUUGAUUGAAAUCACAGCUGAUAUCUUCAAGUCCAGCAGGGCUGCUGAACUCUCCGUCGCCGCCCCCACCAUCGCCGCCAGUCUUGACUGCCGGUAUCUGAGCGGGUUAAAGGACGAACGAGAGGAUGCGGCCAGGAUACUGGCGGCAGCAGGGCUGAAGGAGGAGGUGGGAACAGUGAGAAGUGGGAUUGACAAGAAGAGAUUGAUAGAUGAUGUCAGGCAAGCUUUAUACGCUUCUAAGAUCUGUAGUUAUGCUCAAGGAAUGAAUCUUUUAAGGGCAAAAAGCAGUGAAAAAAACUGGAACUUGAAUUUUGGAGAAUUAGCUAGAAUUUGGAAAGGAGGGUGUAUUAUCAGAGCUGUGUUCUUGGACAGAAUCAAGAAAGCAUACCAGCGGAACCCUAAUCUUGCAAGCUUGCUGGUGGACCCUGAUUUUGCAAAGGAGAUGGUGCAGAGGCAGGCGGCAUGGCGGCGGGUGGUGGGGCUGGCAAUAUCCGCCGGAAUCAGUACACCUGGCAUGUGUGCCAGCUUGACAUAUUUUGACACGUAUAGGCGUGCUAGGCUUCCUGCAAAUCUUGUUCAAGCUCAAAGGGACUUGUUUGGAGCUCAUACUUAUGAAAGGAUUGAUCGUGAAGGAGCUUUUCAUACUGAAUGGACAAAGCUUGCGAGGAAGAAGGCUUGA